UUGUCAGCCAGCUAAAGUAGUUCAGUUACUGUCUCCCCACAAACCAGUCUGACAAGUCUGGAGUGUUUGGGGCAACAGAAACCAAGGGCAUGUAAAACAUAAGAGAUAAAAUAAGGUAAAGACAGGCAUGAUCAGAGAGUCAGAAUAUAGGCGACUUGGAAUAUAGGAAGAUUUGGAAAUUCAGAGAUACCAAGGAAAAAUUCACUGAGGAGUUAUCCGGACGGUACAGGAGUAGAAGUUUUGCCCAACUUCGGGUCACGAGGCAUCAAUAUCUGCCACCUGACUGCUCAGCAGAAGUCUCUGAAGGAGAAAAAAAGAGCAAAUAGAAAUUGUGUGGAGUGACUGGAGCUCCCGCACCAUGAUUGAUAAAAUACAGUAAUCUCCUGUGUGACCAAGAGCCUGUGCCUAGUAAUAGAUGUAUGUGCUACCUGUGUACUCAGGAAAUCAAGAGGAGGAAGCAGCAAAUGAGCAGGGGUGCAAGGACCAAACCCCAAUCCAAAAACAUGCUGACCUGGAAACUGCCCCGACUGGUGACCGUUCAACAAGUGCCCAGGGUGUUUCAUGAAGACAGUAUCAUAUGUGGCUAUCGCUGUCCACAGAGCUCAGCCACUGCCUGCAUCCUGAGUCUCUUCCAAAUGACUAAUGAGACCAUUAAUAUCUGGACACAUUUCAUACCCAUAUGGUACUUCCUAUGGAAGAUGUUGUCCAUGCUGUUUUCUCAUGACUUCUUGCAUGAUCCAUUUUUGUGGCCCCUACUUGUCUUCAUACUGUCCUGCUGCAUCUACCCUUUGGCAUCCACCUGCGCUCAUACCUUCAGUAUCAUGUCCACCAAGGCUCGUCACAUUUGCUUCUUUUUUGACUAUGGAGCACUAAGUCUGUACGGUCUAGGAUCAGCCAUUGCUUACUCGGCGUAUGUGUUUCCAGAUCGGUGGGUGAACAGCACUUUCCAUCACUGGUUUGUGUCGUGUGCCGUGGUGAACACAGUCAUAUGUACUGGGAUGUCAUGUUACUCCAGAUUCCCAGAGGAGGCACAUCCACGGAUCAGUAAGGUUUUGCGCACAGCAGCCUUUGGAUACCCUUACCUGUUCGACAGCAUUCCUGUAUUCUACAGGCUGUUCCUGUGCUCAGGUGAAGACUGCACUGACAAUGGUACUUUUGCUUUGCACGUCGGACACACCAUCCUUGCCUUUCUCACAGCCUUCCUGUUUGCCACGCAUCUUCCAGAGAGAUUGGCCCCUGGCCGAUUUGAUUAUGUGGGCCACAGCCAUCAGCUUUUCCAUGUGUGCGCUAUCCUGGGCACUUACCUCCAAAUGGAAGUGCUGAUUAUGGACAUGAAUCUUCGUCGGGAAUGGCUACAGGUUAAUGGUCCCUCUCCAUCAUUCUCCAGUACCCUGGGAGCCUGGGGCUUGGCAAUGACCCUCAGCCUGCUACUGAUUGCUGGCUUCUCUUGGGCUUUGUACUGGAAGCUACAGCCACAAAAGAAAAAUAAGCACAUGUGACUUUGGACAUGAAAGCCUGUGCAAAUGUGUGAAUGUAUACAGUUCAGAACGGUUUGAAUUUUCUUUGGGACUGAUUGUUGACCCCACAUGGCCAGAGUGCAUUGAACAGACAAC